AUGUCUGCUCCCAAUCUAUCCCAUCCUCCUCUCCCCUUUUCAGCUUCAACUCCAGCUGCUCCUAACUAUGCAACUGGUCAUGGGAACUUUACUCAACCGCCACCCGUGUAUAAUAACCCGGCACCUCCUCCUGUUCCUGGCAGCGGCCUACCUCCUGCUUCAGCUCCACCACCCGUCUAUUAUAACCCAGCACCACCCUUUACUCCUGCGCCACCUGCACCAGCUACCAAGUCCAGAAAGCGCAAGUCUGAUGUUUCUCCUGACAAUACCAAAGAGGACCUCUUCCCAUCCGAUGUGCCGGAAAUUAACAGUGAAGAUGAGCGUCUCGAAAGUCUAGGCUCGGACACUUGCAACACCAUUCGCCGCAAAAUUCGUACCUGGAUUGAAUCAGGUGCCCAGAAAGUCGGCGAGUUCCAGAAGACCAUUGGUGUCAGCAGCAGGUCUUACAAUAGCUUCAUGAACCGAACUGGUACCUGGGAUGGUGAACAGACUGACACAUUUGUCAAAGCUCAUCACUUCUUCAAGAGACGUGAGCUUCAAGGACUGCCCCUCAAGGCGAACAAACCCAAGAAGCCGAAAACGGCUGCUGCUUCAAAGGUCAUCGACAAACUUCUCAAUGUGAGCAGUGUUGAUCCACUUCCAGGCGAGGCCCAGGGUACAGUUGCCGUUUACGAUACUUGCAACGAGAUUCGUAAGAAGAUCCGCGCUCUUCUAGCCAAAGAGGGUAUGACGCAAGCGGCUUUCAUCCGAGCCCUUAACAAGAACCUCCCAGAGGACGGACAGAAUGUGUCCCCGGCCAACCUGCGAUACUUUAUGGGCUGCAAAGAUGUCCGCGGUGGUAAUACCAAUAUCGCAUUUUACGCGGCCUACAUCUUCUUCGAGAAAAGGUGCAUUCAGGAUGGAAAACCGAAGUCCAAGUUCCGUGAAGAGAUGGAGAAGGCCUGGGGGUCUAAGGGCUUCGAUACCGAGCAUGGAGGCAACCAGCAGUACACCUGUUUUGCUGGUGAGAGACCGGUGAUAGAUAAGUAUGGCAAAAUCGAUUUUGUUGAUGCGCGAGCGUUCAGAUAA